AUGGAAUGUCAUGUAAUUAGUACUUCUUUGUUGCCACUCUUUAAAAGAGACUUAAAGACUAAAAGUAGAGUUCCUACGGAUAAUGUUGGAUGGGACUUGAACAAACGUCUUCCCGAGUUGGUAAAACUGAAUCAAAGUUCCUUUAGUAAAUACACUAGAAGGAAAUGUUACUGGAAGAUACAUUGUAUUCCUAGUCUGGAAGAAGAAUUUUCUGCACUGCAGUCACAGAAGUUCUCAAAUGAUGAAGAGUAUGAUUUGGGAGACUCAUCAGAUGAGGAAAAUUCCACUAGACCUUUGAGUGCUGAUGAGUUAAAAGCUUUGCUUAUUGAUUCCGAAAGAUCAGAUCUGUUGAAGAAACUGAGUGACGCCAAUCAAAACAAUCGAUUGCUUAAGCGACAGCUCCAAGUCAAAGAAGAUGCAUUGGUUGACUUGAAGAGUGAAGUAGCUGCUGUUCAAUCGGAGAUUCAGGCUUUGGUCAACUUAGCCGAAGAGAUUUCCAAGUAUAGUAUCCCUGAAGGUUCUAGGAAGAUAAAUGGGAAAUAUAUACAAUCUUGCCUCUUUACUAGACUGGAAGCUGCACAAGAGAAACUGAAGGAACUGACAAAGGAUAUUGAUGCUGUUCAAUCCAAAGAGGUUUCUGUCUUCUGGUAUGGAAUGGCUGAGAGCGUUCAAGUGAUGGGUUCUUUUGACAACUGGAAUCAAGGUGAAGAGCUAUCGCAAGAGUAUACUGGUUAUCAGACGCAGUUCUCCACUACCCUAAUGCUCAGACCUGGAAGGUAUGAGAUCAAAUUCUUGGUAGAUGGGGAAUGGAUGUUAUCGCCAGAAUACCCUACGGUUGGAGAGGGCUUGAUGCAGAACAACUUACUAGUUGUGGGAUAG